AUGGACACAGCAGUUGUGUAGACCUGGGAACUCAGCACAUGGAUGGUGGGAACAUCUCAUAAUGGGCAAAGCAUGUGUGAAGACCCAGAACUUAGCACAGGUAUGGUGAGAACCCCUCAUAAUGGGCACAGCAGGUGUACAGAUCCAAGAACUCAGCAUAGGGAUGGUGGGAACCCCUCAUAAUGGGCACAGCAGGUGUGCAGACCCAGAACUUAGCACAGGUAUGGUGAGAACCCCUCAUAAUGGGCACAGCAGGUGUACAGAUCCAAGAACUCAGCAUAGGGAUGGUGGGAACUCCUCAUAA